AUGGCCGUGUCGUACUAUGAUGAGAUUGAGCUUGAAGACAUGGAGUUUGAUGAAGGCAAGCAGGCCUUUACUUAUCCAUGCCCAUGUGGUGACAAGUUCGAGAUUUCGCUUGAGCAGCUAAAAAAUGAGGAGGAUAUUGCGAGCUGCACCCUCCUGAUCCGCGUCAUUUACGACCCGCUCGACUUUGACUAA